AUGGAACCAAACGAGUCUAGAAGACAAUUAUCAAAAGAGUUUAAGGAUCAACGUCGUGGUUAUUAUUCAGAGCGAAUAACUAAUCUUGAUGAAACCAAAGAGGAAUAUGGAAGUGGUACUGUCAAACGUCCAAGUUAUGCUUGGAAAAUGCAAACAGAAAAGUACACACCUGUUGUUACACAUUUAACUCCUCCUAUUAGACCAUUAUUUCUGGCACCUGCUGAAAGAUGGAUGACCAUUGAAGACGAAAAUGAUAUUCUGUUUCCAGUUCAGACACUAAAACCAAAAGUACAACUUCAACAUAAGGUGGGUGCAAAAGAAUUACCUCGAAAAGUGGAAAUUGAAAGACGUCGUCGUGAUUAUGCCUCAAAGGAUAUUAAUGAGAUAUUAACACAUCUUGGAAUACAAAAAGCACAAUUAAUACCUGUCGAUGUUUUACAAGAAUUGACAAAUUAUAAUCAUGCACGUCUUUAUAAGCGACAAAAUUACUUGCCUUUGGAACUAUUUGAUGAUGAAGAAUAUGACGAUAGAACUGCAAGUGAUUGGAUGGAUGUAGGUUAUCUGGAAGGAGUUCGUCAUCCAAUGCCAGCUAAAGCAUUUUUACCAACACCAGUACAAAAAUUGGAUAAACAAAAAUCCAAUGAUUUAAAUUCUUUAUAUUCUUGGAUUAAUGUAGCAGUUGCAAAUUAUGAAAAGAAAAGAAAAUUAUUCACAGUUUUAACUCUCGAUGGAGAACAAAAUGUUUUCAAAAUCCCUAGGAUUUAUUUAUUGUUCUUUGCUGAAGAUCCAUAUAAAUUUGGUAUACGAAUCAGUAGUGCCAUAAAAUUACGUGAUGAAUGUGAAAACUUAAUAAGGUAUGAAUUAUAUCUUGAUUGCUGUAGUUUAGAAGGAAUUGAUGAAAUUGAUCAGUCUUAUUUGGAGCCAAUAACGAAACAAGCGACCAGAAACUAUGAAAUUAAAAUCAAAGACCCUUUGUUUAAUGAUUGGCUCAUUAAAGAAAUUCGAACCAAUCAUAAGAGAGCAAUGUGCGAAUUAAGAUUUCGAAAAGUUGUCCGGGAUAAUCCCCAUAAAUUUAAUUUCAUGACUCUACCUGAACGAACAUUAGAAAAGGAGGUUGCGUUGGAUAAAAAAGGAAAAAUUGAUACAUCGAUGGAAAAUUUUGAAGGAGUCCGUGAUUUUAUACAUUGGUAUAUUUUAUAUGUAAUACCAGAAUCAUAUGCAGCUAUUCAAUGUGUUGUAAUUGAAUGUCAAAAAGUCCAUGCAAUGUCUUUAUUCAUUACGGGUUAUGGGAAAUAUGUGUCUUUAAGUGAAUUUCAUUCGAUACAAAGUCGUCAAGCGAAUAAUAUAAUUACAUAUUUAAGAACUUUAUGGCUUGAAAAUAUUACACAUGGUAUACGUAUGUCAUUACGUGAUGUUGGAAAAGGAUGGUAUAAUUUAAAUAUAAAGAGUUGGAACGUAUAUGAAGUGUCGAAAAUGAAACGGCUGCUAGAACUCACCAAGUUCCAUAUGCAAUAUGCUUUGACUGUAUUGGUUUCUGUUUCACUUACAAUGUUAGUAAAUUUAUGUGAAACACCAUGCCAAUGUUGCCUUAAAGUUGCCGAUGAUAUGGUUUGGGGUGAAGAUUUAAUCAAUACGCAAUUUCAUCCUAGUACCGCACCUGUAUUUUCAAUUAGUUUGUUGCUAGGUGAUGAUGGUCCAUAUUAUGAUACCAAUCCUGACAAUUUUUCGGUCACUUUAUUAAAUUUAUUAAAUACUUCGAUUACCCAACUACAUUUUAUCAAACAAAUAGAACCUUCAUUACUACCAACUUUAACUUGGGCUAACGACCUAUUUUUGUCAUCAGUAGGAUUACUCCAUCCAUUUGUUAUUGAACUCCGUAACCGCCUAGAAGCUGGUUAUUUAAAAGCAAUUAUACCACUAAAAGCUUACGGCAAAGAAUAUACUAAAUAUAUGGAUUUGUACAGAUUGGAUAAUGCAGCUUAUGUUCAAGCAUUUAAAGAAGAAGAUCACAUAACUAGUGAAAUCAGAGAUGAAAUUGCUACACAAUUUGCAUACAAAGAAGAACUGGAACGAACAAUUCCCUUAAAUAUACCUAUAGGCCCCUUCCUUGUCAGUUUAAAAACAACUAAAGGGUUUUUAGUAGAUAAACGACAAGAUUUAGCAAAAAAAUUAUUAGAUAUGUUUGCAGCUAGAAUGAAACGUUUUAUGGACAUUCUUUCCGAUGAUUUCAAAAAGAUAUAUUUAAAACUAUUAGUGAAACCAGGUUGUAUUGAAGAUAUAUUUGAAUUAAGAGAAUGGAUGGAAACAGUUCCUACACUAAUGAAAGGAUUAGAGGAACUCUCACGACGUUACGUAAUGGAAUAUGAAAUAUUCAAUGAAUUCUUUUAUAGCAUCAAAGAUGAUGACUUUCAAGUAAAAUGGGAUGUAAUUGGUUGGCCAUAUAAAAUCUCACGCACAAUAGAUAAAAUUACAGAGUUUCUCUUAGAAGAAACUGAAAAAUUCAAGAAAUUACAAGGUGAAGAUGAAAUUGAACUUAAUGACAGAAUUGAUGGAUUUGCUGCUGAGGUUGUAAAAUAUGAAAAGGAAAAAGAUAUUGACAAUCUGGAAACAAUAGCCAUAAACAUAGCAAAAUUAUGGAAAAAUAUGGAAAUUGCUAAAGAAAAGGCUCAGCUAUUAAAUCGUCGCCAGAAGUUAUUCCAACAGCCAGCUGUCCCAUUUCAUAAUUUACUGCGUUUGAUGAAAGAAUUCGAGCCAUAUAAAACAUUAUGGCUAAAUGCUGAAAAAUGGUAUACAAUGCAUUCCAUUUGGAUGGACAAUCCACUUAUAACUGUUGAUCGUUCAAUAAUUGAAGAUACAGUCAUCGAUAUUUAUAAAACAUCUCAAAAAUUAAUACGAACAUUUGCUGAAUCCCCACCUCAUCAAGAAAUCGCCAUAAUGAUAAGAGACGCUGCUGAAGAAUUUAAACCUUAUGUACCCUUGAUUCAAGCAAUACGAAAUCCUGGAUUGAAACCUCGCCAUUUUGAGGCCAUAAAUGAAAAAACUAGUGCAAAAAUCCCAUGGGGUACCGAUACAUUGACGUUUGCACAAUGCAUAAGAGGGGGUGCUUUUAAACAUGCAGACGUCAUUGUGAGUAUGUCGGAUGCCGCAGCUAAAGAAUAUGCUAUUGAAGAUUCACUUCGUAAAAUGGCAGAAGCUUGGGAGUCGGUUAACUUGGAAUUGUUACCUUAUAAAGAUACAGGUACAUUUAUUAUGAAACUGGCUGAAGAAUAUUUGCAGCAGCUAGAUGACCAUAUUUUACAAACCCAGCAAAUUUCAUUCAGUCCAUUUAAAGUUGCUUUCGAAGAACAACUUACCACCUGGGAAAGCAAAUUACACUUAAUGAGUGAUGUUAUUGAGUUAUGGAACGAACUGCAAAAGAGUUGGAUGUAUUUAGAACCAAUUUUCACAAGUGAUGAUAUAAAUAAACAAUUACCUUACGAAGCUAAAAAAUACAAUAGUAUGGAAAGAAUUUGGAGAAAAUUGAUGAAAAUGGCAAAUGAAAAUCCACAAGCCAUUACGUUUUGUCCAGAUAAUAUGUUAUUAAGUUCAUUAAAAGAAUGCUUAGAUUUACUUGAAAUUGUUGAAAAAGGAUUGUCUGAAUAUUUGGAAACAAAACGGCAAGCAUUUCCAAGAUUUUACUUUCUUAGUGAUGAUGAGUUAUUAGAAAUUCUAGCACAAUCAAAGAAUCCAUUAGCUGUCCAACCACACUUAAAGAAAUGUUUCGAAAGUAUAUCUAUGUUAACAUUUGAAGACGAUUUGAAGAUGACUAUAAUGCACUCCAGUGAUGGUGAAAGUGUACCGUUAAAUCCUGCAUUGUAUCCCGAAGGAAAUGUUGAAAACUGGAUGUUGGGUGUCGAAGCUAGCAUGCAAAACGCAGUACGAACACAAAUUCAAUCAGGCUUAAAAGCGUUGACACCAAAGACGAAUAGAUCUGAAUGGGUAUUAAAUUGGCCAGGACAAAUUGUUAUUGCAGGAAGCCAAACAUUUUGGACUGCAAAUGUUUCGCAAGCAAUUCGCGUACAUAAAUUACCUGAAUAUACAAAAGAACUCUUAUAUUAUCUGGACGAUUUACGAGCUUUAGUAAAAGGAACAUUAUCACGAUUACAUCGUGAAAUUAUAACAGCUUUAAUUGUAAUCGAAGUACAUGCACGUGAUGUAACCCAGCAAUUAUUAGAAUUGAAUAUACAAAAUGAAAACGAUUUUGAGUGGAUUAGUCAAUUAAGAUAUUACUGGGUUAGAGAUCAUGACCUAAAAGUACGUGCUGUCAAUGCAGAAUUUCCAUAUGGAUAUGAAUAUCUAGGUAAUUCUGGUCGAUUGGUUAUAACACCAUUAACUGAUCGUUGUUAUUUAACUUUAACUGGUGCGCUACAUUUAAAUUUUGGUGGUGCACCUCAAGGUCCAGCGGGAACCGGAAAAACUGAAACAACCAAGGAUCUUGGAAAGGCUAUGGCAAUUCAAACUGUAGUAUUUAAUUGUUCAGAUCAAUUAGAUUAUUUGGCUAUGGGAAAAUUUUUCAAAGGUUUGGCCAGUUCUGGCGCUUGGGCUUGUUUCGAUGAAUUCAAUCGAAUUGAUAUCGAAGUUUUGUCUGUAAUUGCUCAACAAGUAUCAAAUAUUCAAAAAGCACAAAAAGCGAAGAUGGACAGAUUCUUCUUCGAAGGUGUUGAUUUACAAUUAAAAUUAUCAUGUGCUGUAUUUGUUACAAUGAACCCCGGUUAUGCUGGACGAACCGAAUUACCUGAUAAUUUAAAAUCAUUAUUUAGACCAGUUGCUAUGAUGGUACCAAACUACACAUUAAUUGCAGAAAUAUCAUUAUUUUCAUUUGGAUUCAGUGAUGCACGUGUGUUGGCAAAUAAAAUCACAACAACAUUUAAAUUGAGUUCAGAACAAUUAAGUUCACAAGAUCAUUAUGAUUUUGGGAUGAGAGCGGUUAAAACAGUAAUUGCUGUUGCUGGUAAUUUAAAACGUGAACGUCCAAAAAUGGAUGAACGACAAAUUGUUUUAAGAGCAUUAAGAGAUGCAAAUGUACCCAAAUUUUUGAAAGAUGAUUUAAUAUUAUUCAAUGGUAUUGUAUCGGAUCUAUUUCCACGAAUGAAAGAAGAAGCAGUGGAUUAUGGUAUUCUUCAAGAAUCUAUUAAGAAAAUUAUUGUAAAGCAUGGAUUAGAAGAUGUAAAAGAAUAUGUGGCGAAAGUAAUACAACUUUACGAAACAACAGUCGUGCGUCAUGGUUUAAUGAUUGUUGGACCAACGGGUUCGGGGAAAACUGAGAAAGUGUUGUAG